AUGCCACGAAUUCCGCAUUCCGCGUUUCUCCCCUCGCCAAACGACAUUUCUUUCAUCUCUUACUUUCAGGCCGAAGCCAGGACAGUUGAUUGUAUCAUGGCUGAAUACAAGACCUCAACCGUCACGCACAGCGUCGGCCAAGACGACACCCCAACCCUAGAAACAUCAACCCCGGAGGAAAUAAGCCCCUCGGAAACGCGCUGUAUCAUCCGAAAGUUUGACCUCCAUCUCUUGACUCUCUUCACCAUAAUCAAUCUCUUCAGCUUCAUUGACCGUGUCAAUAUCGGGAAUGCGCGACUACUCGGUCUACAGAGCGAUCUAAAUCUGUCGGGAAACCGGUUUAAUAUUGCGCUGACCUGUCUCCUGGUCACAUACUGUGCCGUGGAACUGCCAUCGAAUAUUCUGUGCAAAAUCAUCGGUGGACAUAUUUAUGUUCCUUGCCUCGUGCUCGGAUUUGGACUAGUUACGAUGUGUACUGCCCUCGUGCAGAGCCGAGGCGGGUUGUAUGCGUGUAGAGUGUUGCUCGGUAUCUUUGAGGGAGGGAUCUCGCCCGGUUUGGUGUUUAUGCUGUCACUGUUCUAUCGUCGUCAUGAACUCGGUUUUCGGACUAGUAUUUACAUCUCUGCCUCCUCGGCCAGUGGGGCAUUCGGUGGUUUGCUCGCCAUUGGCCUGUCGAAGAUUCCCCAAUGGGGUCUUAUUCACACAUGGAAGAAUAUUUUCUUUUUCGAGGGUCUAGUGUCCAUGAGUCUAGCCGGGCUCGCAUUCUUCAUCAUCCCUAGCGGGCCGGGAACUGCCAAGUUUUUGACUGACAUGCAGCGCAAGCUCGCAGUCAAUAGGCUUCAGAGUGAUGAAGCUAGCGCGAGCGAGCAUCACCGAACAACCCUUCGGGAUGUUCGAGAUGGAUUGGCCAGCUUACCUGUCGUCGCGUGCGCGAUCGGCUUCUUCUUUGGAAAUACAUGCGCACAAUCCUUCUCCCUCUUCUCCCCCUCGAUACUCGGCGCCAUGGGCUACAGCGGUGAACUUGCCCAGCUUCUGUCCGUCGGACCAUAUGUUGCCGCCUGCAUGCUUUCAAUCAUCACCGGCUACAUCUCCGACCACUACCGCACACGCGCAUAUCCCAUCCUUGUUACAGCCCCCCUCGGCAUCGCCGGAACAGCCCUCCUCCUCUUCCUCCCCGACUCUGCGCCUGGCGCAAAAUACGGCGCGCUCUAUCUCGCCGCACCGGGUAUCUACGCCUUUCUCCCGCUGUGGAUAACAUGGGCCGUGAACAAUGCGCCCACGCCGACAGGAAAAGCUGUUGCGGCGGGGUUGGUGUUUAGUGUGGGUUCGUUAGGUGGAAUUUUGGCGCCGUGGUUUUAUCUUUCGAGGGAUGCGCCGGGGUAUAGGACCGGGCAUGCGAUUUUGUUUGCAUUUUUGGUGGGGAGUUGGGGGGUUGCGGCCGCUUUGGUUGGGUAUGUUAAGAGGGCUAAUGGGAGAAGACAUGCGGACGGUGGGGAGGGAUUGAGGUUGGUUAUUUAG